AUGUUUCUGGUUUGUGGAACCUUUUCCCAGCCCAUUACUUCUUCAAAGUAUCGUCAUGAUUAUUACAGUGCUUAUUUUGAUGAAACAAUUACAAAAGUAUCCGUUACGAAGCGUUCUACGUCUAUCCCUUGUAAAGUUUCAAUGGUACAAUCAGAAACGGAAAACUGGAAUGUAAAUCGAUUUAGAAAAGUUUGGUUCGAAAACUUUUGGAAAUGGACACACUUUCAGAAUUAUCUCUUAUGUUUGCUGUUUUUCACAUUAACGUUUGGUCUCUGCACGUAUAUUUGCUCAUCCAGUCAAGUUUAUGUUCAAGUGUUAGGCUUUACUGCAUUGUUUAUUGAAGCUAUGUUGGGCGCACCUCAAUUUAUAGAGAAUUAUAACAACAAAUCAGUUGUUGGAAUGAGUAUAUCGAUGGUUCUGAUGUGGACUUCAGGAGAUGUGUUCAAGACAAUUUAUUUCUUAUCAGAAAAAGCUCCAUUACAAUUUCCAAUAUGUGGUUUAUUGCAGAUUAGUUUAGAUUUAGGCAUUCUAUUACAAUGUUUAUACUAUAGAGGUGAAAGGUUUAUGUGA